CUGUCAUUCUCCUAAACAUACAGAACCUGUACGAAAGCCUCUACGAUGCUCUGGACCAGUGUUUUGUCAAGUUAGGAGGAAACAAUUACGUCGACCUGGGCCUGGGCACUCACAGAGUCAAAUGCCGAGUGAAAAAGGAGUUCAAGUUGGUUGUGAUCGAAGAGAAGAACGUUGUCUACACGCAGUUUCCCACCCCACUGCUGAACAGGCUGGAGAAGCAUUGCCUGGAGAUGAAUACCAUUCUCAGCUCGCGGCAGGUGGAGGUGAGGAGGAAGCUCCAGCAAUGGGCCAGGUUGUUUGUCACGGUUGGGGACGCUGGUUGCUGCAGCAUCAGGUGGUCCAACGGUAACCCUAAGGAACAGGAUGUCUUCAUUGGAUUCAGUGAGGAUGUUUCUGCCACGGUCCUUUUGCAGUGCUCUCAGAGCAGCCUUCAGGGGAACUUUGUGUUCAAUGAAAAGCAAGUCCUAGAAGCCUGUAAAAGCAAGUUCAUCGACUGUGCGACCCCUGACUCCAUCCUGCGUCUCAAAUACUCCUCUCUGCAGGAUGCUAAGCAGAUCCAGGACUUGUACUUCGGGCGGCAGAAGCGCAACGACCUGACUGACGUCCUGAGGAAGUCAAUGAAUGCGCAGUCAAAUGUGGAUGCCACUACUGGGCUGUGCUUGGAGGUUUCUACACACGCAAGACUUCUAAACCAGAGAGAGUUGGACAUGGUCACGAAGAAGCUGAAUCUCCAAAAUAGGAUCUGCUGUGUCUUUUUAAGUCAGUUUGAGACUGAGCAUGCCUUCCGUCAGGAGCUUAGUAAGUUUUUCAGUCAAUCACCGGAUGAGAAACUGCUCCUUGUCCAGUUCAACUUUGAUGAGCCACAGAGCAGCAAAAGGCUCCUGGCCUGCGCUAAGUACUGUAUAGUAGAUGAGAGACGAAAAUCACAAAGCCCAGGCUUGUCACACGUUGUCGUCAUAACUAAAGUACCAAGGAUACAGGGUGGGUCUGGUUACCUGGCAUUCAGUGGAGAUGAAUGGACUUCUCUCCAUCUGGACAAACUUCUGCCUCUUGAGCACUUUACAGCCACUUUGGGGCAGCUCUCCAAAAUGUCAGUUGCCGAGGUUUUCAUGAAGAGCGCUCAGCAGGGUCUUCAUGCAGAUGGUUCAGCCAAGCCAGGAGGCACUGAAACAGGAGACAGUCGUUGUCUGGAGGAAAACGUGCAGCUGCUCAACAUCGAGUACCUUAUUAAGCAAAGCAUUCAGAAAGCUGUGAUUCAACUGGAGGACAAGCAGGACAACAGGGAGCGAGCUACCAGAAGGAUACAGAUCCUCUAUGAUGCGCUUUUCUCGGCUCAAAAGAAAACUGCAUUUGUCCACAGUUUUAUGGGAGAAUUAAAAAAGAGAAUUUGUCGCCUUUUACAAGAACGUGAGAAGAGGAGUCUUGAGCCUAAAGAAUGGACCUUCCAUCAAGCAAAGUCCGGAAAGUUUAUACUUGAAGGCACUUCAUUCAGGCACACGCUCUGGAUUUAUAUAGAAGAUAUUAUGGUAAAUGUGUUCGCCCAAAUUCUAGCAGUAAUUGAUGCCAACAACAAUUUGGAUCAUAUCUCUCAAGAGGCUCCGCUGUCCGACCUGUGGCUCCGGAUGUUCCAAGAUGAAUCAUUUCUGAAGAUUAAGUACACCAGCAAAGUGCCUGAUGCUAAGAUUGCUGUGUUAUCAAUGACUGAAGACCCAAACACGUCUGUGGUUUGCCAGUUCCCGUUCAGCUGGGUUUUGAAAGCUGACUUGGAUGCGAUAUGGGAGACAGUCCAUCAGGCAAAAGGUUUUCCAAGGGACCCCACGAGAGACUCCGCAGAGAUGUUUCAAAGGUUAAUCCAGAACGUGCCGAUGCCAGAUGUCGAUGAAGUGGACGUGGUACAGUUUUACGCCAGUGAUUUUGUGAGGAUGGCUCUUCCUGGACAGGACUUUAAGGUGUAUGAGGUUUUGUCAAAUGUCCUUAUAACUAGUGCAAAAAAACUCCACUCUUCUGUGGCAGGAAAUGAUUUGCAGUUUUCCUUGAUUUGGCUCCACAUUGAAUAUUUCUACUUACGAGACACUUAUCAACUAUUCAUCGAUUUAGUAAAGACUGAGGAGUCUAUAACCAAUGAGCUGCAGAACAUGUACAGUAAGGACUCAACUGCAAUGUUUGUAUCUCUGGAUGCCCUGAACAUCCUCCUGAGACAACUGCAACCCACAGAGGAGACUUUUGUAUCGUUUGCCACCUGCCUUGCAUGGCUGAAAAGAGUCAAGUCCAUUAAGCACACGCUGAAUUGGGUCACAUCGGACGACUACCAAAUAAGGCUGUAUAGUGAAAAGGCGAAACUAUUGAGUAGCGUACUGCACCGAUGGAAUAGCACGAACAUCAUCUACCUGCUCAUUGACCACCUGCUGCACGAUGAGACCGCGAUGGAUGAGAAGCUGCUGAGGACCGUUGUGAAGCAGUCGGUCUUCCUCUGGAGUUUACUGUAUAAAACUGAAGAUCUGAAACCGGAGAAGAUUUUUGAGAUCGUGACAAAAGUGCUGAAGACAUGCAGCAACCAUGCUGUCAAAGUUUACUUUGGAAAAGGCGUGGACAAAUGCAGAAGCUGCCAGCAGGAGAUCACCGACCCAGCCCAGUUGCCCUGUGAACACAUUUUCUGCACACAGUGCAUCUUGGACUGGAAGCACAAGCAGUGCAGGAUUUGUAAGGAGAACAUCCCCAAGGACUACACGCCCACCGUCUCUCAGGUCACCAGGGAGGCCGUGGAAAAUUGCAACAAAUUCCGAAGGAAAUGCAACUCUUUCUUUGUGGAGUUUGUCAGCAGUUACUGCUUUGGGGGCAGAAUCCCUCCACCCGCGAAGGUCAUUGAACAACUAAUCAAGUUUGUAGCCUGCAAGCCCGCAAACUCAGAGCGCCCAGAGUCAAGGUGUGGUAAAUCCAAUCUCAGCAGCCCCACCCAUUCAACUAUCACAGUAUACAAACCCACAAGUGACCUGUCACCCUUUGAAGAGUGCAUGGACCCAAGUCCUACUGUCAAAUCCUCCCUUCUCAAAAUGUUGCUCCAAUGCAGACUCGAUGAUGUGAAGAUUCACCUUCAGGCAUACCUCUCCAGGAUGGAGGAAGUAAUAACUUCAAACCAAAGCAUCCGGGAUGAUUUCUACUUCAUGGUGGUACGCUGUUUUGAGGAUUUUAUGUACUCCUCCUCCCAAGAAGAUGCCAGCCAAGAGGCUGAGCACUGCAUCACCAGUGCAGACCUGUCCACUCCCAGCUGUGCUGCAGUUACAGAUGUUGAUACCCUGCAGUUGAUCGCCAGGCUCCGACUGGCCAUCAGUCAUGUUGCAACUGUGCUUGGUACAGAGUUUCUGAGUGCUGCGGUUCCAGAAACUCGGAUGAAUAGUGAAGAUGCAGAGAAACAUCGUGCCCUUUUGAAUGCCAUGAAAAAUAUGGUGGAAAAUGCCCAAACACCAUGGCCCCAAAUAUUUCUGUUUAGGGCCCUUCUUAACAUCCAUGGGGUGAACAUCAUGCAGAAGGUUCUUGAGAGAGAGCGGUGGAUUUUGCCAAGAGGAUGUGAAACUUCAGAGUUCAUGGACACCAGGUCCAACAAAACCCUGAUGAUUUCAGCACUAGGCAAAGCAGAAGACCAGCUUAAUGGCAUAAAAUCGGAAGCGGCCAAGAAUCUGACUGCUGUCGUGAAACAAAUGGAGAGCAUCCUAGAGGUGCCAUUGCUCUCAGAGGAACCCACAGAAAAGCUGAAAAAGAUACUGAGCGUUAUAAGAAGCCGUGACAACUGCACCUAUCUGGAGGUGGUCUUCCACACUGCUGUCGUACUAAGCCUGUCCCAGCAGCCCAUCACCCAAGUCUUCAGAUCCAUCUGCUUUCAGCCAAGUGCAGUGAAGGACACAUAUCUUCCCACCAUGCCGGGUGACCUCGUCUCUGAUAUGCAGAACUGGAAAAUGACUGAAACUGAAAAGAUGUGGA